CAGAAAUCACGUUUGAACUAUUAAACGUGAAUAUCGUUCUUUCAUAAACAAAACAAAAACAAUCGUUAAGUAAAAGUGUGAACCGGUAAGUAAGUUCUUACCGGUUCGAGUAUUCCGAGGCAUUGGAGUGCAUGGCAAGUAAAUCCCCAAAGUAAAAGGCGUGGCGUAGUGACGUCAUCACCGAUGAUGCACAGCCUGGUUACUCCAAGUGGUGACGCGUUGUUUGGAAAAAUUCUCUGGUGUCUCAUUUGACGUUUUACAAAAAUUCCUUCAGAAUUGUAUUUGAUUAUUGGUUGACGUAGAGUCACCAUUUAUUUCUGAGUAAAUCAAUACUGCGCAUGUGUACAGCGACCGCCAUCUUGGAUAUAUUUUCCGGUCCCCUUUGGACAAAAACUACGAUUUGUUAAAAAAACUUUUGAAUAUGAAUGACAAAAUGAUUGAGCGUCAGUGAUAUAAUAUUUUAUUCGUGCCAGGAUAAACUCGUCCCGGCGCACAUUAAAGCCUCUCAGGCUAGCAUUAUCUUAGUGUGCUAGUUUAGCAUGCAAGCUGCAAAGAGGGACACGGAAGUUAGCAUCACAUGCUAGCAGGGUUCAAGUGUGAAUUUAAAGUGUUGACGUUGUGUGAAAAUGUGCGAAAGAACGACAGUAGAGUACGAGGAGGAACUUUCUCGAACAAAAGUGGAGAAGGAGCGACAACGUCAACUACUGGACGCCGUUUUCAGGAAGCACAGAGCAGACAUCGGUGAAGAAGACCAGCAGCAGUGGAGCUCCAGGGUGAAGCAGGAGGAGCCACAGCCCCCACUCAUUAAAGAGGAAGAGGAGGAACACAGCAUCAGUCAGGAGGCGGCACGUCUCAAAGAGCUGGAGGAGUUCCCAGUGAUCCGUGUCAUUGUGAAGAGUGAAGAUGAAGCAGCUGGUGGAUCACUAGCAGACAGCCUGUUAGCUCCGCUAUCAGACAGCGACAACACAACGUCGGCAUCUCAUGACACUGAUGAUGAAGGCUCGAAAGCAGAUAAGACACGCCGCACUGACAACUCAUGCUUGAAAUGUUCGCAGUGUGACAAAACCUUCAGCACCAAGUCAAAUCUGAACGUACACAUGAGGAUCCAUACAGGAGAGAAACCUUAUGUCUGCUCAGUUUGUGGCAAAAGAUUCUCCCAAAAGGCCCAAUUUGAGACACACACAAGAACACACACUGGGGAGAAGCCUUUUAGCUGCUCAGUCUGUGGUAAAAAAUUCACUCGAAAUGAACGUUUGACAAUACACACAAGAAUACACACCGGGGAGAGACCGUUUUGCUGUUCGAUAUGCGGUAAAACAUUCUGCGACAAAGGUAGCCUGAUGAAACACACUCGGACACACACCGGAGAGAAACCUUUCACCUGCUCAGUCUGUGGCACACGUUUUAAGAAUUAUUCAGCACUGUCCAAGCACAAAAGAAUACACACGGGAGAGAAGUCUUUUAGCUGCACAGUGUGUGGUAAAACAUUUGCACAUAAUGAAAGUUUGACAACACAUACAAGAAUACACACGCGGGAGAGACCAUUUCCCUGCUCAGUUUGUGGUAAAACCUUCUCUGUUAAAUGUAAUUUGAUUAAACACACGAGAACGCACACAGGGGAGAGGCCAUAUUCCUGUACAGUCUGCGGCAAAGCAUUCUCCGUGAAAUGUAACUUGGUCACACACGCAAGAACGCAUUGCUAACCGUGCAGCUCCUCUACGUCUUCUCCCAUCGGGUAUCUCACGUGCACGCCUGCCAGUAUACUUUGUGGGAUGCACGGAUAUUUAUGGUUGUUAGCAUUGUGGUGACUAUUGGCGAGUGACCUGUUUUAUUUUGGAGAGCAGGAAGUGUUUCAGUGCUGUUGGUGAGUGUGUUUGCGUCCCCCGAGAACGGUACUUUUCCAGAGCACGUACGCUUUACUUGAAUGGUACACGCAGUAAUAGCUGGACGUUGUUUGUAAUGAUUCGCUGGCAGGAAGAUUGGAAAUGUAUCUGACGUUUUGGCCUUCAAAAUAAAAGCUAGAUCAGCAUUUUCUUUUAUUUGUGCAGGUCUGGUAAUUUUUGGAUACACCUUACAACAGCCAUAUAUUUCUGUUUUGAAAUCUGAGCAGAUGAUUUUAUUUUCUUUAUUUAAUUAUUUAUUUGAAUGUAUGUCAAAUUACAUUUUUUUAGGGUUAGGGUUGUAUUUUCGUAUGAAAGUGAGAUUUUGUUUUGAGUGUAACCAUAUGUC